AUGUCCGCAGGGCGACCGUCGGGUGCAGGCUGUGGCUCAUCAGCCGGUAAAGGGGGUAAGUUCAGUGUGGAGGCACUAUAUGGGUUCAGUAAGAAACCCAAAACAUCCGCCACCGCUAAGAGUGGGUCGGGUAAGAGAGGGGGAGGAGGGAAGGAGGAGUCGGCUCUAGCAGGACAGAUACUACAGGCUGCCAGGACACUUAUGGAGCGACGGAGGCUGGAACUCUAUCUCAGAGAAUGUGACCUCACGGUGACGGAGUGUACUGCAGAACAGACCGCUAUGCCAUACAGGAAUCUGGGAAAAUCUGGUCUCAGAGUUUCAUGUUUAGGGUUAGGAACAUGGGUGACGUUUGGUUCACAGAUCACAGAUGAGAUGGCAGAGAGCCUGAUGACCAUAGCCUAUGACAACGGAGUGAACCUGUUUGACACAGCAGAGGUUUACGCUUCAGGAAGGGCUGAGACGACAUUGGGUAAAAUCCUAAAGAAGAAGGAAUGGAGGAGGUCUAGUUAUGUGGUGACCACUAAGAUCUACUGGGGAGGACAGGCGGAGACGGAGAGAGGGUUGUCUCGGAAACACAUCAUUGAAGGUCUGAGGGAUUCUCUGUCUCGGCUGCAAUUGGAGUAUGUUGACAUCGUCUUCGCAAACCGCACAGACAUCAACUCACCUAUGGAGGAGGUGGUGAGGGCGAUGACGUUUGUGAUCAACCAUGGCAUGGCCAUGUACUGGGGCACGUCACGAUGGAGCGCAAUGGAGAUCAUGGAGGCAUACUCAGUAGCGCGGCAGUUCAACCUCAUCCCUCCAGUGUGUGAGCAGGCAGAAUACCACUACUACCACAGAGACAAGGUGGAGGUCCAGCUACCUGAACUAUACCACAAGAUAGGUGUAGGAGUGAUGACGUGGUCCCCUCUAGCUGGAGGUCUGCUAUCAGGGAAAUACCAUGACGGAGUUCCUGAAGACUCUAGAGCUGCCAUGAAGGGCUAUGUGUGGAUGAAGGAUCGAAUAUUCAGUGAGGAGGGACAGAAACAGCUGGCCAAGAUCAAAGAGCUCCUCCCUCUGGCUGAUCGGAUGAACUGCACCCUAUCUCAACUCGCUAUAGCCUGGUGUCUGCGUAGUGAGAGGGUCAGCUGUGUUCUCCUGGGGAUCACCAACACAGACCAGCUGCAAGAGAACCUCGGCUGUAUCAGGGUCCUCUCCCAGCUUUCCCCUCAGACCGUAGCAGAGAUGGAUGCUCUCCUGGGAAACAAACCCCGACCCAAGAAGGAGGCUCUCGCAUAAAGAGAGCGAGGGAAUGAGAGAGAUGGAGAGAAAUAAAAAGGAACCAAGAGAUGGAGAGAUAGAGAAUGGGAAAAAUGAGACGAAAAGCAGAGGAGUGAAAAGGAGGACAGGAAGGACAAACAAAGAUAAUACUAUGUAGAAGGAGAAUCUGAAGUGAAGUCAGAAAUAAAGGUUUAGAUGUGUUCCUAAAGGGGUACAACUGGUUGUUACUGAGGUCCUCCUUUGUACUUUUGGUUAUAGGUACAUAAUUGUAUCCCAGUUCAUACCU